AUGAUUGUGGUCUUUCUACUGCUGAUCGUAUGGAUCGCGGAUAUAGCAGCGCUAGAAGUGGCCUGCUACCAUUGUUACGGCAACUCAACCACCGAAGGAAAAUUCUGUUCAAUCGAUAGUCUGUGUUUAGGACAAUCAUGCUAUUUCAGUGAGUUUGUCAUUAUACAAAAUCUGUGCUCCUUCGUUCAUAUGUUCAGCCCCCUCCGAAUGUUGUGCGUACGUAAGAAAAUAAGUAAUGGAUUAUUCCUCCUGCGCCACAUCCACAACAUCCAUCAUCCGUUCAAUCAAGUGGGGAAUGGUCGGCGGGCUGCGCGAAUGGAACGGCGCCUCCAGUUCUCGUCUGCUCCAACAAAAAGAACAGCUCCUCAUCAACAUGCAGCUGCACGGCGGAUCUAUGCAACCAGUUCAACAAGCAGCAACAUUUCAUUGCAUCUCCCGGACCUUCCAAUCAUCUGUCUCGAAUGUGGAAAUGUGAGUAUCGGGGGACGGCACCUUGACGUGCCAUGCGCGGAGGCAUACGUUUGCCAAGGAAGUUAUUGCAUAACCAAGAGAGGAAGAAAUCCGCACUCGUAUUGUGGCACCGACUGGGAAGGCUUCAAC